CUUUAAUGGCUCUGAGCAGCCUGCUGCUGCUCCUCCAACCUGAACGCCGACCCAGAGUAAAGUUGCUGCCAGCUCACCGAAACGUCGCUUCGACUACUUUCUGAGGGUUUGGGAAGUUUGUUAGCUCUGUUGUGCUCGUUAGAUUUUGGUAUGUUGCAAACAAGUCAGUGACAACCUGCAAGCAGCAGGGGAGUGCAAGUCAUUAUGAGCUGCACCAGCAAGUAAACUGGACCUGGGACUUGACUACUUGCUGACACCACACAGUUGAAGUGUGAGGAUCACAAGCCAAAAAGUAAUGGAGGCCUUACAAGACCUCAACGGACAAAUAGUGAAGAAAUCAAACAGUGACUCUCAUGUUCCAGACCCUUCUGACAGCAGGUCUAUGGAAAUGCAGGACCUAGCCAGUCCUCAUAACCGUGUGGGAGGCGGGGAUUCAUCGGGCUCCAAGCUGGACAAGAACAACCUGGGAAGCCCUUCCGUCACCACCAAUGGAACAGGAGCUUCCCACCUUGCACCUCCUGUAGGUGAAAACAUGACCGUUCUAAACACGGCUGAUUGGCUGCUUGGCUGCAGCAGCCCGCCCCCAGCACCUGCCUCCAAGGACUAUGUGAAAACAGAGCCAAUGAACAACAGCGAGACCGUCACCACCACGGGCGACGCAACGCUAGACUCCUACGGCAGCUCAGUCAUCACCAGCAGUGGAUACAGUCCUCGCUCAGCACACCAGUACUCUCCUCCUCUUUACCCCUCCAAGCCUUACUCUCACAUCCUCUCCACGCCGCCUGCUCCAUCCAUGCCGACGUACGCGGGCCAGCCGCAGUUCAGCAGUAUGCAGCAGUCCGCUGUCUACACAUACUCGCAAACAGGACAGGCCUAUGGACUGUCUGGCUAUGACCUGGGCGUCAUGCUGCCAGGCAUUAAGACAGAAAGCGGCCUGGCCCAGAGUCAGUCUCCUCUCCAGACGGGUCUGAGUUACAGUCCCGGCUUCACCACGCCUCAGCCGGGACAGACGGCCUACUCGCCCUACCAGAUGCCAGGUUCAAGUUUCACCCCCUCCUCAGGAGGCCUUUACGCCACCAACAACUCUGUGUCCAGUCCAGCCAACUACGCUGCAGCUCAGCAGGAGUAUCCCUCAUACACGACCUUUGGCCAAAACCAGUACGCCCAGUAUUAUUCCGCCUCCACAUACGGGACGUACAUGACCUCCGGCAGUGUGGACGGGACCAUCUCGACCGCAGCCUACCAGCUUCAAGACUCCGCCCCUGCUAUGACGGGCCAGGCUGCAGAACUCCAUCCAGGGGACUUCACUGCGGUGCAGAGGCCCUCCACGCCCAUCAAGGACCUCGACGACCGAGCCUGCCGGAGUGGCGGGUCCAAAUCGCGAGGCCGGAGCCGCAAGAACAACCCCUCCCCUCCCCCUGAUAGUGACCUGGAGAGGGUUUUUGUGUGGGAUCUGGAUGAGACCAUCAUUGUCUUCCAUUCUUUGCUCACAGGCUCUUACGCACAGAAAUAUGGCAAGGACCCCCCCAUGGCCGUCACGCUGGGUCUGAGGAUGGAAGAGAUGAUCUUCAACUUAGCCGACUCGCACUUAUUCUUUAACGAUUUGGAGGAGUGUGAUCAGGUACAUAUUGAUGACGUAUCAUCAGACGACAACGGCCAGGACUUAAGUACUUACAGUUUUGCAACUGAUGGCUUCCAUGCAGCUGCGACCAGCGCCAACCUGUGCCUCGCUACUGGCGUCCGCGGCGGCGUGGACUGGAUGAGGAAGCUGGCCUUCCGCUACAGACGGGUCAAAGAGUUGUAUAGCACGUACAAAAACAAUGUAGGGGGUCUGCUGGGUCCCGCAAAGAGGGACGCUUGGCUGCAGCUCCGAGCCGAAAUCGAGGCUCUCACCGACUCCUGGCUUACUCACGCCCUCAAGUCGCUGUCCAUCAUCAGCUCCAGGAGUAACUGCGUCAACGUGAUGGUGACCACCACGCAGCUCAUACCGGCACUGGCUAAAGUUCUCCUGUACAGUCUGGGUUCUGUGUUCCCCAUCGAGAACAUCUACAGUGCAACAAAAAUAGGAAAAGAGAGUUGCUUUGAGCGCAUAAUGCAAAGGUUUGGCAGGAAAGUAGUGUAUGUUGUUGUGGGGGACGGUGUGGAAGAGGAGCAGGCAGCCAAAAAGCAUAACAUGCCCUUCUGGAGGAUAUCAAGCCACUCUGACCUGCUGGCGUUACAUCAAGCACUGGAGUUUGAGUACCUGUAAAACUGUAUGGACUUGCUUACCCCCUUUUGUAUAACUAUUUAAGAAGAAACUAUACACUGCAAUUUUUUUUGAACAUCUGGAUUUACAAACUGAAUGUCUUAAAAAGCAAUGAGGACUGAGAAGCUCCACGUGGACAAUUUCAAAUGGACUUGGCUGGUCUCUGGACAGUUACUGUGUAGAGAUAAGCUGCUUUUAUUUUAUUUCCGGCAAGCCUGAUACAGGUGCCUGUGUAAAUUAUUUGCAAUAAAAUGAAGGGCUGAGGUGUGGGUGGUGUGUCAAUGAAGUUAUGUUAUUUUAGAGGGAUUUGUUUUGACGCGGCGAGGGUGGGAGGGGUUGAGAAAAUGCAUCAUGUGUUGUGCC